AUGUCGCGAACACUCCCGAAACAGUUUAAUCCGCUCAUCACGAUCGAGGUUGCUCCCACCUAUGACGAGCUUCUUGCCCGCCGUCGUCUUGGGCAGACCAACCUCUCUGUCAAGCCUGCCCAGAUUGGCACCUCAAACGCAACCAAGCCCGAGAACCUGGGUGUAUUCGAGUAUGCUCACCUCCGUGCUCCGCUGCCUAAGGAUCUUGAGGGCUCUGAGAUCUUUCCUUCCCACACCUCCCAACAACAUCCUGAAAGUUACUUCUUGAUGCGCCGUAGUAAAGAUGGCUUUGUUAGCGCGACUGGAAUGUUCAAAAUUGCUUUUCCAUGGGCCAAGGCCGAGGAAGAGAGAACAGAGCGCGAGUAUCUGAAGGCUCGCGAGCAUACCAGCGAGGAGGAAGUUGCCGGUAAUGUGUGGAUCUCACCCACAUUCGCUCUUGAGCUCUCCAAGGAAUAUCAAAUGUAUGAUUGGGUGCGAGCACUGUUGGACCCAACCGACAUUGUUCAAAGUCCUUCCAGCGCGAAGAAGCACAUCACUCCCCCGCCGAAAUUCGAAAUCCCCUCCGAUGAGCCCCACAUGUCGCAGCGCAAUCGCAGAGGUCGGUCCGCUUCUCCAAGCAAGAAGUUGUUCUCUCCUCGAAAGCCCCGCAGCACCCGCAGCACCAAGGAUGUUGCUAGCACUCCGUCCACAACAGCUGCAAACGCUAGCCUUCAGUCGGCAUUAGACACAGCUUCAGCCCUCCCGGACACGAUUCUUGAGUUGCGAGCUGUGGAUGGCGAAAUGGGGGUAGCGUCAAGCGGAUCUCCUGCAAAGCAUAUCAGAGUGCGCAGGGCCACGAGAUCUGCUACCGCGGAGCCCGAAGAGGAAGCGAAGGAAAAGAAGAAGGAAAAGAAGAAGUCCGAGAAGAAAGAGAAAAAGAUAGAGGAUAUCAAGGAACAGGAGGAGGUUGUCGGGGUAUUAGUGGCCGAUGAUGCCAUUGAGGCUGUCAAGUCCACUCACACCACCAUUUCCCUAGAUAUGCCUAUCCGUCUUCCAGAAGUGCCCUCUGCCGCGGAGACCGAAGAAAUGAUUGCUCAGGCCAAGGAGAUGGUGGAAGAGGCAAUCAAGGCGCAGGCCGAAGGCGCUACUGCCGAGUCGACAUCUGUUACGACGACCAUCAAGCGCAAGGCCGAGGAUGACGACGAUGACGAAGAUACAUCGGCCGAAUCUUCUCAACGAGCCAAGAAAGCCAAGGUGCUCGAGAACAAGCUCAAGCAGGAGCGUGUCCGUAACCGCUCUAUCUUCGGUGUCUCUGUGGCCUUCGCCCUUGCGGCCUCCAUCCCAUACUUUUUCUAA